AUGACUCUACGACUGAAAGGGAGCUACAGUGUUUCCGCAGCGGAAAAUCCUACUUACCGAUUGCCCUUCAAACCAAUCACGUGCAACGUCAUUUUCUUGGACGACAAGUCCGAACUCUUUAAACUUGAUAAGAAUGCCUGUGGUCAGGUACUCAUUGAUCUAGUCUUCGAUUUCCUCGAACUCCUUGAACGUGACUUCUUUGGUCUGCAAUAUAAUGAUUUUAAUUGCAAUCCUGGUCCUCUUUUGCGGUGGUUGGAACCCAAGAAGACGCUAAAAAAGCAAUUGAAGGGUACGACUACGCAUACUUUGUGGCUUCGGGUGAAAUUCUACGUCCCUGAUCCACUUUGGCUGCAAGAAGAAUUUACAAGGUACUUGGUUUACCUUCAAGUGCGAAAGGACGUGCUCAAUGGCACCUUGGUAGCACCGGCUCCCAUUUUAGCGAAAAUGGCUGGUCUUUGCCUUCAGAGCGAGCUUGGCGACUAUUCCACAGAGGAAUGCAAACCGGGCUACGUGAAUCACAUCCGUCUGGUGCCAAAUCAAACGUCCGAUUUUGAAGCUGAAGCCGUUGAAGCACACAAGUCUUUCCGCUCCUAUGUUCCAGCUACGGCUGAGUUAAAGUACCUCUACAUAGCAAGGCGCCUUGAACUCUACGGCAUUCAUCCACAAGAGGUGACAGAUCGAAGUCGAACGAAGCUGCGAAUUGGAGUGUCUGCUCAGGGAAUCAGUGUGUUUCGAGAUGUGCGGAGAAUUCUUCUCUACGGAUGGGAAAACGUUGAGAAGAUAGCCUUUUCAGGGAAAACUUUUUCGGUCAAUCUCAAGCGUCAACCAAGACCAGCCAGCCUGUCAAAAAUGGACAUCGGAUUUGAAACCUCGAAAGCUGUCACAAGUGGCAGGCAAAAUUACACUUCUACCUACUUCUUCAACUCUGCCAAACACGCCAAGGUGUUUUGGCAGUCUGCAGUGACAUGCCACACCUUUUUUCGGGUGAGAGAACCCGGCUCCAGUGGACAGACAUUCUCCACCCUUAAUGGUGGCAUUCAGGCCGUACCUAUCUCGGCAACUUCCCAUCUCUCCUCCUCUGCCUCAUCUCCUGGUGGCUUUUCUCGCUUCUUUCGCCUGCGUGGAACUGGAACUCGUCGCAGUUUAAGCGCGGGAACAGCCAGUCUCGGUCUAGAGCGUACCAUGUCGACGCUGAUGGAACUGCGUCGGCGCUCUAAGAGCAUUGAACACGGAUUUUUCAGAGGUGUAAGUCGCCGUUUCAGUCGGCGUCGCAGCUUUGCAGCACCGGGGAGGACUCAAUCGGUGGGUCUGUUAAAUGCCUACGAGUUAAGGGAUAGUUUUGGUAUGCAAAGCAUACCCUCAUUGUUGGAUGAAGUCUUUCCGCUGCCAAAGGAUCCAUCAACGGAUUUGGACACGACUUCCACACCUGAACAUGAUUUGAAAGGACCUCUGCAUCCACCUUCCUCUGAGACGAAACCGAUUGUUGGGGGCAAGGACAAUCGCGCAUUUCCCCGGAAGUUUAGGUCUUCUGUUCCACCACUUUCUAGGUUAAAGGAACAUGACCUACUUCCGUCACAUACCUGGGAUUUGGAAGGGGAAAUUAAACCGAAUGCGGUGGACAAUCAAAAUAUUCCUCCUCAGACAUCACCGAUACCGAAAAAGGAGAAAGGAAGGCUUGGCGACUCUUCGUCAAUCAAUGAAUCAUCUCCGGAGAGGAAUGUCCAGAAAAGGCGAGACACAGGAUCCAAAGUUUCCACAGCCACUCGCGAAGAUGCUGUGCUUCCACGUCCAACCGCCUUUUUUUCCACACGACCUGGUGACCACCUUUCUGACGAGGCCAGACAGAACUCACGAAUUGGCAUGGGUCUAGCAUCUAGAAUCAGCGUAGAAAAGUCGCCCUCAGGUAGGCACUUAUGGAAUUUUAAAAAUGUGAGGGACCGCUGUUUGAGGCUCUCCUUCCUAACAGCAUUUUGA